UUUUUCCCCCCAAAUUCUUUAUCAAAGUGAAUUUGCGCUUUUGGAUUAUGGACUCAGAUUGACUGUCCUCUGCUUAUCCUUUCCACCUGGAACAACUUGGAUUAGCUCAACCCGCUAAUAACUCACCAGCGUUGGCCUACUUUGACCACUGGAUUACAACACAACUUCUGAGGGUUUUCCUUUUUCAUGCAGCUGGCCACCUCUGGAUUCACGGAACGUUGUAGAGCUCCAUUCUCCUCACCCUUACCUUUAUUUCCUUUCUCAUCUUUUCUCUUGCGUUUGGAGUCGAGCCGUGCGCGAUAAGGAGCCAUGGCGCUGCUGAAGAUGAAAUUCACCCAGCAGAGGCGAGUGCGUCUGGCCCAGGGCCUGUGGCUCUUGUCGUGGAUGGCCGUGUUGUGCGGCUCCUUCGUCUUUUCCUUGGGGGUCUACCUUAAGAUAGAACUGCUCCGUCGGGCUGAGGUGAUGGAGAACACAGAGAUCCACGUGGUGCCCAACAUCCUGAUGCUGGUGGGUCUAGCCUCCAUCGGCACCAACUGGAUGGCCGGCCGAGUAUGCCAGGACUCUUUGGACCCCAGCCGCUUCCCACGCUGGAAGGUUUUCCUGCUGGGCUGGUAUGCUGUGGCCGCACUCAUCUGUUGCCUGCUUGUCGCCGUGGUGGUGCUCAGCUACGCCCUGCAGGGGCGCUUGGAAGAGUCUCUGAAGGUUGGUUUGAGGAAUGGGAUCCGUUUCUACAAGGACACUGAUGUUCCGGGCCGCUGUUUCCAGAAAGAAACCAUAGAUCGUCUGCAGAUGGAAUUUCGUUGCUGUGGAAACACCAAUUUCAGGGAUUGGUUUGAGGUGCAGUGGGUCAGCAACAGAUACCUGGACUACACCUCCAAGGAUAUCAAGGAUCGCAUCCGUAGCAACAUAGAUGGGCGCUACUUGUUGGACGGCGUCCCAUUCAGUUGCUGUAACCCUGCGUCCCCUCGGCCCUGCCUGCAGUACCACCUGACAGACAACAACGCCCACUACAACUAUGAGUUCCAGAAUGAGGAGCUCAACCUUUACAAUCGUGGCUGCAGGGAGGCUCUGAUCGAUUACUACAUGGGCCUGAUGAAUUCAACCGGUCCCGGCGUACUAUCAGUCAUCUUGAUACAGAUGUCAGUCCUGUUGAGCCUGCGCUACCUGCAGACCUCGGUGGAAGGGGCCACGACUCAAGAGCAGCCGGAAGGGGACAGUGAGGGUUUUCUUCUGGAGAAGGGAGUGAAGGAGACCUUGGAGGAAGCCAAAGUAAAAAUCCUGCUCCUGCUAAAGUUUGGCCAGGUUGACCCCAGUGCAGCUGAUGGCUCUCCUGAUGCAGAAAAGGCACCGCCAUCUUCCAGCUAGAAGACGAGUGAAUAAAUUCAGAAGCGGAAUAAUGUUGGAAGUUGCAAAGUCACAUCUAAGUUUUCUUGGUUGAGUAUGAUGUGGCUGGUGGCAGGUAGAACACCUCCUGGUUUUGAAACAUUAGGCUUGAUUAAUGCUCCACCAAUAUAUGGCAGCCAAAAUGUGAAUGUGUGACCAUUUAUCAGAGCUUCUGUUCAGCAGAUGGCUAGUAAUUUUUGUUCUUACAGUAUUAACAGGUUUAGUCGACAAUUUGACCUUAAUUUGAUACUUUUAACCUGAUAUCAUAGUUCGUCCCAUGUGCACUGUAUUAAUCAUCUCACAGCAUUAGAGUUUUUCUGAACUGCAAUUAAAUGCUUUGGAAACUGUUUAAAAGUGGCAAUGCACAUACAGCCUAUUAAAGGUAGACAUUUUUAACUGCUUUGUAGUGUCUGCUUCUAUUUUUUACAAGGAA